AAUCUUGCAAAUAACGUACUUUUUGGCGCAAAAGAACCUUUUAUGAUUGUUCUUAACGAGUUUUUAAAUGAUAAUAUUGUUAAAGUAACUGCAUUCUUGGAAGAAAUUUCUAAAUUGCCAAAUAUUCCAUCGUUCUCAGAUACAAGGACAGGUGAUCAAGGCAAUAUUCGUAAGUUGGAUGAGACCGAUCGAAAGGCGCUUCAUAAGUAUUUAAUUGAAAACCAAGAAAAAAUGGCCAAAGAUUUACAAACGCGUAGAGUUAAAUCUAUAAAUCCUGCUAGUUCCGCAAAUAUUAUACUUGAUCAGGCUCAAACAAGCAAAAAAGCAUGGGAUAAAAUUUCUACAUUACUAGCUCAUCUUGGUCCUCCAGCUGAGAGUCAAAAGAAAGACUUGUUUCAGAGCAAUAAUAAUCGUCAUUUUGAGACAAAUCAUCAGCUUUUCACUGAAUUUAUGCAUCGAAAUGCUAAUCGUUCAGUUGAUUCUAUAAUAUCAAAAUCAUUAUUUUAUGAUGGUGCCUUAUCAAAGGUAAUUGAACCAUAUAUCUCUAAACCAUACGAACUGCUGGUUGAUGUUACACAAUUUGGACAAGCAAAUGAAGUACAAUCCCAAUGGGUGCAACAAUUCAUGCAAAUUCUUCCAUUUAAUGCCAUCGAAAAUCUAGCAGCUUUAUAUUUCUAUAAUCCAAAUAAGAACGCAUUUUUUGCUGAUACUGGCAAAAGAGCUGCUAGAUAUCCUAACAUACUAGAAUCUAUUGUAUUAUUAUUCGCUCGUUCACCUAAAACACCUUUUGAAGCAAU